CACAUUCAACAGGCACACCGUAACCCGUUAUUGUAAGCUGCACUUGCAGAGAAAGGGUGGAACUAUUGACAUCUCAGCGCUAUUUUCAAUCCUCAAAUUACUGAUCAGAGGGUGGAGCUCCGAAAUGGGAAUGAAAGACGAAAGAAUAAUAGGUCCAGGUCUGAUAGUUAUAUCACCUUAUUCAUGUACAAAAGAACAAUCUUUCGAUAGGAACAUAGGACGUGAACUUUUGAUUCAUGGCUUUGUUCUAUCAUUCUAGUUUGACCUCACAGAAACUAAUGCGUGUAAUUUCUUUUUAUGAUUGGAAGUUGAAGUAUUUCCUAUAUUUGAAAGACUGGUGAAAUAAUCGUCCAAAAAGCGCAAGAUGACAGAAAGAUAACGAGUAAAGGUGAUAUUAUGUAGCCAGACCCUGGCCAAAUCAGAAGCUUCAACUAGAUUGGAAGAGGACACCACAUGUACCAAACACUCAUAACAUUGGCAAGGAAAAGAUACUGAACCCCCUUUCUCUCAAUCGUAGCAAAUCUCGCAUUGACAGAGCAACAAUACGAAAGACGAGGCUGGGUGCUAAAUAUCAGCCAAUCAAACGACCAUACUACAUGAUCAUAUGUACACGUGCCAACAAAUCAGCCUCAGUUCAGUCCACUGCUGAUGUCUCAGCCUGGCGACCGAAAUUCAAAAUAUGAUCCAUCUACGUGCUUAUACAAGAUACGAUCUCACAUCCAUAGACCAUGAGGAUGAAAAUGGCAGCCACGGCUCGCAAAUAUAUUGGUUUGUUAUUCACUUUCACAUACACCAAGUCGUUGCACAUCUACACCAUCGAUCCCAUAUCCGCGAUAGAAACGCACCAGCACGACGAUCCAGUAGUCCGAGAACUACUCUCCGAGUUCCGAAAAGUCAAGGAGUUGGAGUUGCGAUUCGUGCAAAGAGCCGCAACGCUCUCGGCCGCAGCAGUCAUCGGCGCGAAAUCUUGGCCCGAUGUGGUGGAGGCUUUCUGGCUUGCUCGAGUAGCUUGGAAUUGCAGUCUCUUCUUCUCGAUCAUGUCGCUUGUCAGCUCGUCGCAUGAGCGGUUGCUGGCGCAGAUACCGAAAGAGGGAGACGUGAAUACGCAAACACGAACAGCGAUGCUCACGGUGUUGGUUCCUGAGAAACUCAAGUAUUCUGAAGAUGAGCAGGUUCCAGGGGCACCGGAACUGAGAGUGUCGUGGUGGUUGCUGUUUCUUUGGCAAACGCCAAUGAUGCUGAUGCAUUAUUCUUGGGUGACAUUUUUGGUUGGGUACGAGUUGUAUUUGAUCACGCCUUUGAUCGGGCUAGGAAGCUGGACAGCAAAGUGCACAGGCGCUAUCAUCGCAACAACUGUCGGUGUGUUGCUCGUCGCACUGUUCAACAUCAAUGACAGUACGGCCGAUGGCAUUCUGAAACGUUUAAGCGUGAAGGUUGAACCACCAACCAAAGGUAGCUAA